UGCUGCUUCCAGUUUGUCCUGUUAGUUUUAUAUGUUAUCUUUAUUUUGCUUUUCUGUAGCAGUAGGAUCAUCCUACACAUGUUUUAUCAACUGAAGAAGUUUUUAACAGUAACAGUUUGAGUUUGCUGAGUCUGGUUGGGUUUGAGUGAGUGAGUGUGUGUGUGUGUAGCCAUGAAGGAGGAGAUUGCUGCUGCUGUCUUCUUUGUGGCUCGGCUGGUGAAGAGAUAUGGCUGUCUGGAUAAUGACAGCAGGGAGCGAUUUGCUGCCGCCCUCACCUCUGUUCUGUUUGAGAGCUACAAGAACCACUGGUACCCAAACGCACCCACCAAGGGACAGGCCUACAGGUGUCUGCGUAUGAACCGAGUCCAGCUGCAGGACCCGGUGCUGCAGCAGGCCUGCGAGCGCAGUGAAGUGUCAUACGAAGAUCUGGGCAUUCCCCGGGAGGUGACGGUGUGGGUCGACCCUGGAGAGGUGUCCUGCAGGUACGGUGAACACAGCACUCCGUUCUGUGUCUCCGUGGUGGACAGUUGUCGGCGUGGUGAUGGGGAAUUUUCCCGCCGCAUCCAUGAUGCCGUGGAGCGGGCGAGCCUCGACAUCCAAUCAGGAAGCUCUUCAGAUGAGGAGGAUGGGGGUGGAGACAACAGCAUGAGCAGUGGCAACGUUGGCCCAUCAGCUGUCUGCCCUGCUCCGGUCCUACCCACCAACCCUGAACCCAAAACCAUCCCAACUGUCAGCAACCCCAACAGUGUAUACCGGUUUGUUGAGUUUUCUUCCGGGGCCCCUCAGACCUGGCUGUGGGAGAAGCGGAAGGCCUUUGCUGGGGACACAUUCCCACCACACGCUCCUCCAGCUGGAGGUCCGACCUCCCAGUUCUCCAGCCAAAAAGGCUUCAAGUCCCACAGAGCAACAUUUACCUUCAGUGGGCCUCGUGUUGACAAGUACCACUGGAUCAGCAAAUCCCGAUCCUAGAGCGAGCCGUGCCUUCAACCUAGAACCAGAAUCGGGUUGCUGCUCAGGACUGGAGCCAUGAUGCUGGAUCAAAGCACCAUGUGAAGAGAAAAGUGUCAGGAUAGUUGAUGUAUCUUUAAAGUAUAAGAGUUUAUUAUUCAUACAUGUUUAAAGUAAUAAUGAUUUAAAGUACUGCUAUUUAAGUAUGUUUUUAAACUUUGAAAUAUUCAAGUAUUUUAAUUAAACCCUCCUUUCUGAAUGUGUUUUUUUUAAACUAAAACUAAAGUAAAUGUGAAUAAAGUAACAUUGGCCUGUCAUUGAAAAGAAAUAAAUGUGUCAGCUCUG